CCUGCGCAAGUCAUUGGCGCCAAGAUGGCGUUGGAGAUGAGGCUUCCGAAGGCUCGCAAACCUCUCAGUGAGAGCUUGGGCCGCGACUCUAAGAAACACUUGGUGGUGCCGGGGGACACGAUCACCACGGACACAGGCUUCAUGCGGGGCCAUGGGACAUAUAUGGGGGAAGAGAAGCUCAUUGCGUCUGUGGCCGGCUCUGUGGAAAGAGUGAACAAGCUGAUCUGUGUCAAAGCCUUGAAAACCAGAUACAAUGGAGAAGUCGGAGACAUUGUAGUGGGGAGAAUCACAGAGGUUCAGCAGAAGAGGUGGAAGGUGGAGACCAAUUCCAGGCUGGACUCCGUCUUGCUCCUCUCCUCCAUGAACCUGCCUGGAGGAGAGCUGAGGAGAAGGUCUGCAGAGGAUGAGCUGGCCAUGAGAGGCUUCUUGCAGGAAGGCGACCUCAUCAGUGCAGAGGUCCAGGCCGUGUUCUCAGAUGGAGCUGUUUCUCUGCACACGAGGAGCCUGAAAUACGGAAAGCUAGGUCAGGGAGUUUUAGUCCAGGUCUCGCCUUCCCUGGUGAAAAGACAGAAGACUCAUUUCCAUGACUUGCCAUGUGGCGCCUCGGUGAUUCUGGGUAACAACGGUUUCAUCUGGAUCUACCCGACACCUGAGCACAAGGAUGAGGAUGCUGGGGGCUUCAUUGCCAACUUGGAGCCAGUAGCCCUUAGUGAUCGAGAGGUGAUCUCCCGGCUUCGGAACUGUAUAGUCUUGCUGGUAACUCAGAGAAUGAUGCUGUUCGACACCAGCAUUCUGUACUGCUAUGAGGCCUCCCUUGCUCAUCAGAUCAAAGAUAUCUUAAAACCAGAAGUAAUGGAGGAGAUCAUGCUAGAAACACGCCAGAGGCUUUUGGACCAGGAGGGAUGAGGCCAAGAGCUGAAGAAUGGGACUGUGCACCUCUCUGGACCAGUGUUAGGAGUGAAAAGUCUGCCGUGUGGUCCCCAGGGAGGAUCUGACAAACACAUUACUCAUCUGCAGCAGGACUGCAGAGCCAGGCCUGUCCUCUCCUGUUCUGAGACAAGGCUAAGGGGAAGUAAAUGGUGGGUUUGGGCACUUGGGUCCCAGUAGGAGGGAUAGCUUUAGUUCUUUCAGAGCAUAGUGUCCCGGCCUGAUGACUAAUCUUGGAGUAGCUUGGAGAAUUUAUGACUUCCAAUCACACCAUACAAUGUAAUAUCCCAUGAAACUGUCCUGGUAGAAAACAUGGUGGGCUGAGGAUAUAUCUCAGGGGUGGACAUUCCUAACAUGUGCAAGUUCCCAGGUUCAAUUUCCAGCCCUACCCCAACCCUGGAAAAAGAAAACCAAAGACAAAGACAUGGCAGUGCCACCGUGAAUGGUCUCUUUCCACUCCCAUUCGGUCUCCUUUAAUGCACAAAUAUGCAGUUGGAGAGAAGGUGGUGGAGUUAGGCCAGAGUCAUGUGGAUAUGAGAAUAAAGAGAGCCAGCAGCCUUUGUUGGGAUCUGAGUCCUACCAUGUGUUCCUUCUGCUGACAGGUUCAAGGGAUCUGUACCCUCUAUCUGGGCUUCCUUCCCCUUGUGUGUGAGCGGUUUCUUUAGCAUCUGAGGUUCUCCUUCAGCCUGUCCACCAGCAGGGACUGGCCUCCUGUGUUUUUCCUGCCUGUGAGAGUGGUUUGUAAGAAGCUGAGCCAUUACUGAUAACAGAGAAUGAAUAUU